GACCCACCGCAUCAAAGCGAUACAAGAACUAUUUAUAUAGCAAAUCGUUUUCCCCAACAUGGCCAUUAUGUUCCUCAGAAGUUUGCGGACAACAGAAUCAUAUCCUCCAAGUAUACAGUGUGGAAUUUUGUUCCAAAAAACUUGUUUGAGCAGUUCAGAAGAGUAGCCAACUUUUAUUUUCUCAUUAUAUUUUUGGUUCAGCUCAUGAUAGAUACCCCUACCAGUCCUAUUACCAGUGGAUUGCCAUUAUUCUUUGUCAUAACUGUGACAGCCAUAAAACAGGGUUAUGAAGACUGGCUGCGACAUAAAGCAGACAAUGAAGUAAACGGUGCUCCAGUUUAUGUUGUUCGAAGUGGUGGCCUUGUAAAAACUAGAUCUAAAAACAUUCGGGUGGGGGACAUUGUCAGAUCAUGCCAUGUUACUACUGCAAGUUUGGAUGGAGAGACCAACCUUAAGACACAUGUUGCAGUCCCAGAAACAGCAGUGUUACAGUCCGUUGCCAACCUGGACAAACUUGUAGCUGUUAUAGAAUGUCAGCAGCCAGAAGCAGAUCUGUACAGAUUUGUUGGAAGAAUAACUGUAAGUCAACAAACUGAAGAAAUCGUACGACCUCUUGGGCCUGAAAGUCUCUUACUUCGUGGAGCAAGAUUAAAAAACACUAAAGAAAUAUUUGGUGUUGCAGUGUAUACAGGUAUGGAGACAAAGAUGGCAUUAAAUUACAAGAGUAAAUCUCAGAAACGGUCAGCAGUAGAAAAGUCCAUGAAUUCCUUUUUGAUUAUUUAUCUAAUAAUCCUCCUCUUUGAAGCCAUUCUGAGCACUAUUUUAAAAUAUGCAUGGCAAGCUGAAGAAAAAUGGGAUGAGCCUUGGUAUAAUGAAAAAACGGAGCAUGAAAGAAACAGCAGUAAGAUUCUGAGAUUUAUUUCAGAUUUUCUUGCUUUUCUGGUACUUUACAAUUUUAUCAUACCUAUUUCACUUUAUGUGACUGUUGAGAUGCAAAAAUUUCUUGGAUCUUUUUUUAUUGGCUGGGAUCUUGACCUGUAUCACAAAGAAACAAACCAGAGAGCACAAGUAAAUACUUCAGACCUUAAUGAGGAAUUGGGACAGGUAGAGUAUGUGUUUACAGACAAAACUGGUACAUUAACUGAAAAUGAGAUGCAGUUUCGGGAGUGCUCCAUUAAUGGCGUAAAGUACCAAGAGGUCAACGGUAAACUAACUCCAGAGGGGUUUUCUGAAGAUUCUCCAGAUGGAAAUAGGCAUAGUUUGGUAAGACUUCCCCCCCGCUGCCCCUGCCUCCCCACCAUUAGGCAUCCUAGAUAGAAAGUGUUUUGUUUCAGAGAAUUAAUGAAAGAGGAAGAACUGUUCUUGAAAGCAGUUUGUCUUUGUCAUACAGUGCAGAUCAAUGCAGAUCAAACAGAUGGUGCUGAUGGUCCCUGGCAUGCCAAUGGAAUGGCAUCCCCCUUGGAGUAUUAUGCUUCUUCACCAGAUGAGAAAGCUUUAGUUGAAGCUGCAAGCCGGGUUGGAGUUGUAUUUACUGGAACUAGUGGGGACAGUAUGGAAGUAAAAAGUCUCGGAAAACCAGAGAGGUAUAAAUUGCUUCAUGUUUUGGAGUUUGAUCCAAAUCGCAGACGAAUGAGUGUCAUUGUAGAGAGUCCCUCAGGGGAAAAGCUUUUAUUCACAAAGGGAGCAGAAUCUUCUGUUCUUCCUCGUAGUAAGAGUGGAGAAAUAGACAAAACAAGGAUACAUGUGGAUGAAUUUGCGUUGAAAGGACUGAGAACUUUAUGCGUAGCCUACAGAAGAUUCACACCUGAGGAGUAUCAAGAAAUUAGCAAACGCCUUCAUGAGGCCAGGACUGCCUUACAACAACGGGAAGAAAGAUUAGCAGAUGUAUUCAACUUCAUAGAAAGGGAUCUGGAGUUACUUGGGGCUACGGGGGUAGAAGACAAACUGCAGGAAAAAGUCCAAGAAACUGUAGAAGCGCUCAGAUUGGCUGGUAUCAAAGUGUGGGUACUCACUGGAGAUAAGCACGAAACGGCUGUUAGUGUCAGUUUGUCAUGUGGACACUUUCAUAGAACCAUGAACAUCCUUGAGCUUGUGCAACACAAGUCAGACAGUACAUGUGCAGAACAACUGAGGCAGCUAGCCAAGAGAAUAAAGGAGGACCAUGUUAUCCAGCAUGGACUGGUUGUGGAUGGGACCAGCCUUUCUCUUGCACUCAGGGAACAUGAAAAACUGUUCAUGGAAGUUUGCAAAAACUGUUCUGCAGUGUUGUGCUGUCGCAUGGCACCCCUUCAGAAAGCAAAGGUAGUGCGACUGUUAAAAACAUCUCCAGAGAAACCUAUAACAUUAGCGAUCGGUGAUGGUGCUAAUGAUGUGAGCAUGAUACAAGAAGCACAUGUUGGCAUAGGAAUCAUGGGCAAGGAAGGAAGACAAGCUGUAAGAAACAGUGACUAUGCAAUAGCACGGUUCAAAUUCCUCUCCAAGUUGCUUUUUGUUCAUGGGCACUUUUACUAUAUUAGAAUAGCAACCCUUGUACAGUACUUUUUUUAUAAGAAUGUGUGCUUUAUUACACCACAAUUUUUAUAUCAGUUCUUCUGUUUGUUUUCACAACAAACGCUGUAUGACAGUGUAUACCUGACUUUGUACAAUAUUUGUUUCACUUCCCUGCCUGUCCUCAUAUACAGUCUUUUUGAACAGCAUGUGCAUCCGCAUGUACUACAGAGUAAGCCUGUGCUGUAUCGAGACAUCAGUAAAAAUGCCCAUCUGGGGUUCAAACCAUUUCUUUACUGGACCAUCUUGGGCUUCUUUCAUGCGUUUGUUUUCUUUUAUGGCUCGUAUCUUCUAAUGGGAGAAGACACUUCUCUGCUGGGAAAUGGCCAGAUGUUUGGGAACUGGACAUUUGGUACUUUGGUCUUCACCGUUAUGGUUAUAACUGUUACGAUGAAGAUGGCACUAGAAACUCACUUCUGGACAUGGAUAAACCAUUUUGUUACUUGGGGAUCCAUUGUAUUUUAUUUCAUAUUCUCCUUGUUUUAUGGGGGAAUUAUCUGGCCAUUUUUACAUACCCAGGACAUGUAUUUUGUGUUUGUUCAACUGUUGUCAAGUGGUUCUGCUUGGUUUGCCAUAAUCCUCAUAGUAGUUGCUUGUUUGUUCAUUGAUGUUGUGAAGAAAGUGCUGUACAGACACCUACAACCAACAAGUACUGAAAAAGCUCAGCUUACUGAGGCAGGUUCAGGUAUCAACUGCUUGGACUCCAUGUGCUGCUUCUCAGAUGGGGAAACAGCAUGCACAUCUGUUAGAAGAAUGCUGGAACGACUAAUGGGAAGAUGUAGUCCAACCCGGGUCAACAGAUCAUGGAGUUCAUCGGAUCCCUUCUAUGCCAACGACAGAAGCAUCUUGACUCUCUCCACAAUGGACUCGCCCACUUGUUAACAGGGACAUUUGUAAAUGCCUUGUGGAAGCCAUGUGGUGCUCACACACCUAUAGUAGGUUCUGAAGAGAGUUCAGUGCUACAUCCCUGCCCUAGAAAAGACUAGCAUGACUUCUAAAAACAAACUGUGGCUUGUCUUGUGGCCAGGUGUCUCGACAGUAAUUGCUUCCAGUAUUUUUUUCUAAUUAUAUCCACAGAUUGCUGAUUUUUUUUUUUUGAAGGAACGCAUUUACUCUGACAAUUUAAUCUUUUUU